AUGCCUGGAACUCUCACUUUCGAGAAAGGUGCCGCCAUUGCCGCGAACUGCCGUCCCAUAGUCGAUGCGUAUGGUAUCACCGACUAUCACGUGGAGGUUAAAGAGUCACUCGUCGCAACACUGGGGAACAAAUUCCUUGAUCCUCUCCCUUUCAAUCCCACGUUUAUCCAUCGUGAGCCGUUCACUGCCACUCUUGGCACUCCUAUUGCCAGUCGAGUCAUGUCGAAGGAUGUCAACGAGGAGGAAUGGGUCGAAGGAUCGGGAGGUUUCUUCCUAAGCGCUGGAGGUCAAAAUAAGAAUAUCUACCUCAUAACAGCACGACACAACGUCCUGCCCGUUGGUGACGAAAAUUUGGAAUACGCGUAUGAAGACGAUACCAAGCCACGUAGGGAUGUGAUUGCUCUUGGCCCGAUGGCCUUCAAGAGGAAGCUGGCAGUCAUCGAGCACGCUAUUGCGACUCAACAAAGGGCGAUUGAUUAUGCCAACGAAGAUCUCCACUCUCUCUCUCGAAAGUGUGUGAUUGAUCCUGCGUCAAGUAAAGCGCGCCAAGUUGCACAGCAAGCGUUGGAAGAGGCGAAAGAGGCAUUGGAGAAGCUCUAG